GUUCGUUGGCACAACUUUAACUCUAACAUCAAUCACUGCGUUCUACAAUCCAUCCGAUGGUUCGCUUGCCUGCCUUCAUUUGGUCAUGGUUGGAGAAGCAGCCCUUUUUGCUGGAGAUAGGGACUUUGCUUCUGUCAGCAAUACUUGCGUUUAGUAUACGCCUGUUUGCCGUCAUUCGUUUUGAAUCCAUCAUACAUGAAUUCGAUCCGUAUUUCAACUAUCGGACUACAAAGUACAUGACUGAAAACGGUUUCUACAAUUUUCAUGACUGGUUUGAUGAUAUGGCAUGGUACCCGCUUGGUAGAAUCAUCGGUGGAACUAUAUAUCCAGGUCUGAUGCUGACGUCUUCACUCAUUUACUAUAUUCUCACUGCUCUUAACGCAUCGGUGGAUAUUCGUAAUAUUUGCGUCUUUCUCGCCCCUUUGUUUUCAAGCUUUACUACAUUGGUGACAUUUUUCUUGACAAAGGAGGUAAGGGACACCAAGGCUGGUUUGUUGGCAUCUGCUUUGGUUGCGAUCGUCCCGGGGUACAUCAGCCGCUCCGUUGCCGGUUCCUACGAUAAUGAAGGAAUUGCUAUUUUCUGUAUGCUAUUUACAUUUUACACCUGGGUGAAGGCGGUUAAAACCGGAUCUGUUUCGUGGUCUGUCGCCUGCAGUUUCGCGUAUUUCUAUAUGGUUUCCUCCUGGGGCGGUUAUGUAUUUUUGAUCAACGUGAUUCCGAUACACGUACUCAUUCUCAUGUUGACCGGUCGAUUCUCACACAAAAUUUACGUGGCUUAUUCGACUUUUUACACAUUAGGUACGAUAUUUUCUAUGCAAAUUAGCUUCGUCGGCUUUCUUCCUGUCAUUUCGAGCGAACACAUGGGAGCUCUUGGAGUAUUCGGUCUAUGCCAACUUAUAGCCUUCUACGAAUAUAUGCAGAGGAAACUUCUUCCUGAAAGCUUCCAUCGGUCUCUCCGUUUUCUCAUUACUCUUCUGGGAAUAGCUGCCUUCACUUGCUGCUCGAUUUUGGCAUUUUCAGGCAAAGUUGCUCCUUGGACUGGGCGUUUCUACUCCCUUCUCGACCCAACUUAUGCCAAGAAUCACAUUCCUAUCAUCGCGUCCGUUUCUGAGCAUCAACCGACUGCUUGGAGUUCCUAUUAUUUCGACAUGCAGCUGUUGGCGGUCAUGUUUCCUGUUGGCCUAUAUUUUCUUAUGAGACAGCCAACAGUUGAUGGCAUUUUUAUCGUCACAUACGGGGUUCUCAGCCUAUACUUUUCGGGUGUUAUGGUUCGUCUGAUACUGGUCUUGGCUCCCAUUAUGUGUAUACUUGGCGGUAUUGGUCUGUCCGGCAUUCUCAGUGCCUUCAUUCCCCACUUGGAGGUGGAUGACUCCUCGGCAUCUGUGAAAACCACCAAGUACACAGUGCCUACUGUCUGCUCAUCAAACUUGAACAAGGUCACCAAGCCUUCUUCAGACCCUACAUAUCCUUUCAGACAGGAGAUCGCCACGUUCAUGGUCUGCUUGGUUACUGUUUUGUUGGUCAUGUACAAUCAGCACUGUGUCUGGGCAACCUCCAGUUCCUACUCUCAUCCAUCAAUUGUGCUGGAGACAGUCGGGCGCCAUGGAGAGCGUCAUAUUUUGGAUGACUAUCGCUCGGCAUACUACUGGCUUCGUCAGAACACAAAACCGGAUGCCAGAAUUAUGUCCUGGUGGGACUACGGGUAUCAGAUCACUGGGAUUGCGAACCGUACCGUGUUGGUGGAUAACAACACGUGGAAUAACACCCACAUCGGUCGUGUUGGUCAGGCUAUGGCUUCCUCCGAGGAAGAAGCGUAUGAAAUAAUGCGCGAAUUGGAUGUGGAUUAUGUAUUGGUCAUUUUCGGCGGUGUCCUAGGCUACAGCUCGGAUGAUAUCAACAAAUUCAUCUGGAUGAUUCGCAUUGCCGGUAGUACGGAGAAGGGACGCCAUAUCAACGAAAACAACUACUAUACUCCUCACGGUGAGAUGCGCGUAGACAAUUCUGCAAGCCCCACUCUGGCCAAUUGCUUGCUCUAUAAGUUGAGCUAUUAUCGAUUCUGGGAGAUGCGAACUGAAAGAGGUAAGUUUUAUCUGUCCGCCACUUUCGUUUAUUGGUUAUUUUCCCUGGCUUUCAGCAUAAAAUGUAACAACAGUACAUCAUACUGAUGCUCCGCUGCCAUCUGCUCGUAGGCAGUUUUAUGGGAGCGCCCAAACACAUGCAAGAGAGUGGACUCGACCUCUGCGCCUAGGAGUUAUAAGCGAAACGCGCGAACUAUCACUACACGGAUCUCCACGAUCGGUCAGUUGCCGUGGUUCAGGCAUCUGGCUUGCAACCCACAUGGCACCACUUCGAGAGUGCGACUUCGCACUAUCCCUAGUGUGCGUCAGACUAGUGGUCGUGUGGCAGCAGAGCGUCGGUAGGAUGUACCAGCUUGCUGCUGAUGCCUUUUCAUGUUCCUGGAUCGUACUCCAUCGCACGCGAACCGGUGGUGGUUGCACCUUGCAGUUGCCAGUACAACGGAACAAGCAUCCGGCACCUUUCCAAAUAUCAACCUUACGGGUUCGACCGUGUACGUGGUCAGGCAAUUGGCUACAAGAACUAUGAUCUGGACAGUGUGGAAGAAGCGUUCACCUCUGAGAACUGGUUGGUGCGUAUUUACCGAGUCAAACAGCCGGCGAACCGUGGCUUGGUGUGAGGUGCACCAAGUCCACAUGUACUAUACGCUUUGCAAAUUGAUUUGUAUGAAACCUGUCUUCCUUCUAAGCGUUACUCUCAUUUGCUGGUAAUUUGGUUAAAUAAAACAACUACGUACCAUAUUC